AUGCUUUCUCGUAUGAGCGUUCGGACACAUACCCAUAAUGAGGUUCUUACAAAGAACGAUUCAAUAAACAUGUUAAAGAAUAUUGUAAAACUCGGAAUAAGUUUAGUAACGUACUUAAGGAAUUUGUUUGAAGAAAAUGCUUAUGAAGAAGUAUGUAUAAACGAGUUGAAAUUAAAAAGGCUCUUACCUAUAAAUCCACAAGCACAUAUGAUUAUAAAUUGGUUAGAGAAAGGAGUUUUUGAAGCUAUCGAAAAAGAAUAUUUAAGAAUAUUAAUAUUAGAUAUUAAUGACAUAUAUGAUAAUACAAUUGAAUGUUAUAAAUUUAGUUUUUCAUAUAAUAAUAAAAAUGGAGAUGAAAUAGACAUCACCUUAGAAACAUCUAACCAGUAUUCUAAUGCUCAUAAUAAUUAUAUGUGUAAUGUUAUAAGUAAUAAUAAUCACACCAAUAAUAAUAAUAAUAAUAAUAAUAAUAAUAAUAAUAAUAAUUGGGGCACAGUAUACGAACAGACUAAGCACAAUAUUGUUAAUUAUAAUCAAGAAAAUAAAAAUGGAGAAAUAUCACAAGGUGUAUCAAAAGAUGUAUCACAAGAUGUAUCAAAAGAUAUACCACAAGGUGCAUCACAAGGUGCAUCACAAGAUGUAUGCCCAGAUAAAAACAUAUACGAAUCCCAAAACAAUAAAAGAAAUGAAUAUCCACCUGAAAAGAACCUUCGAUUAAACUGUAACGAUAUAUACCCUCCUCAAGGUAAUCAUUUUAUGAAUGCACAAAAUUAUAAACACGAUAAAAAUUAUUAUGUAAAUAAUCAUAAUGAUAAUAAAAAAUCUUAUAUAAAUUAUAAUCGUCUUAAAUGUAUAAAAGAAAGAUUAUUUAAUAAAAAUAAAGAAAAAAAAAUAAUAAAUAAUUUGCUUUUUAAAAAACAAGCAAAAGAUAAAACAUAUGAAUUGUUAAGAUCUUUAGUUUUGCUUACACAAACAUUGGAACCUCUACCUGAACGUACAUACCUAUCUAUGAAAUUAUUAUAUUAUGAUGAAAUUGUUCCUUAUAAUUAUCAACCUCCAUAUUUUAGAACCCCUGAUAAUAAUGAUUUAUUAAAAUUUAUAGAUAUACCCAAUGAAGAUUAUAUAGGAAAAAUAAACACAGGACAUCAUUUCCUUUCUAUUAUUGUAAAUUCAACUACUAACAAUUUUAUUAAUCAAAACAUAGCAAUGUCUAAACGUGAUGAACUAUACUACAAACGUGGUUUUGAGAAACAUACACAUCACUUGAAAAAAAUAGAAAGAACUCAAAGGUAUGAAAAAAAUACAAAGUAUAAACGUGUAGUGAAGAGUGAUGAGAAUGCAGCUGAGGUAUUUCCCUUAACAAAUGAUGAUGGUGAUGAUUAUGAUGAUGGUGAAGAUGGUGAAGGUGAUGAUGAUGAUGAUGAUGAUGAUAAUGAUGAUAAUGAUGAAUACGGAGAAUAUGUAAAAUGUGGAGAAUGUAACAAAUUUGAUCAGGACGAUAGCAAUAUGGAAGAACAUUAUAAUGACGAAUAUAAUUAUCAUGAGCAAUAUUGUGAUGAUAAAAAUUAUUGUAAUAACUAUCCAGAUGGUAACUCUGAUGAUUAUUAUGAUGAUGAAGACGAUUAUUAUGAUGAUGAAGACGAUUAUUAUGAUGAUGAAGAUGAUUAUUAUGAUGAUGAAGAUGAUUAUUAUGAUGAAGAAGACGAUUAUUAUGAUGAAGAAGACGAUUAUUAUGAGGACGAUUAUUAUGAGGACGAUUAUUAUGAUGACGAUUAUUAUGAUGAUACAUUAAAUAUCAAACCCACUUUGAAUAACCCCAAUAUAUAUAAUCCCCUAAAUCAACUUAAAAUGAAUAGACAUUUUAACAAAGCACAUUCCUUUAACAAACAAAGAAGGAGAAAAAGAAAAACAAUACAACCAAGAACAAGGAUAAAUCAAAAUUUAAACACAAACAUGAACCUUCCAGGAAAUGGUAAAAUAAACUCAGAUGUUAUGCUAAAUACAAAUAUAAAUAUUAAUGAUCACAUACAUGAAGAAAGUAUAAGACAUAUCAGAAGAGGUAAAAGACGAAGAAUACGAAGUCGAAGAAGAAGAAGACGAAGACGACCAGAAGAAGUAGGAGUAGGAGAAGAUAACGAGGUGAGCACAGGACAUGUUACAAAAAUAAGAACUUCCUCAAAAACAAAAAAUAAAAUUAUCACUAGAACAAGGAAACGAGAAAAAACUAAUAUAUUAUUAAAUAAUAAAGAACAUAUGAGUAUUAAAGAAGAUGUGAAUAUUAAAGAACAUAUAAAUGUUAAAGAAGAUAUGACUACACGUCUAAGGUCCGGUACAAGAUUAAGAAUAAGAGAAAGAACACCAAGUGUUAGUACUAAUGGAAGUAAUAAACAUAAACAUAAUCAUAUAUUACCAGAUCGAAAUAAAAUUAUUACAUAUAUUCCAAAUAAAAAUUACGAUCAAAUGUUGAACGCAACAAAUAAUGCUACAUACUUAAAUAAUAUUCAAGCUAAUAAAAUGAUACACAAUAAUAUUAAGGAAACUCAAUAUACACAUAAUGGUAAUAUAAAUAUUAAAAACAUUAAUGAGCACAAUGGAUUGAUGUCUUCACAUAGGAAUAUGGAGAACAUUCAAAAUGUUAUCAUGUCUAAUAAUGUAAAAAAAAAGAAGAGUAUCCAUUAUUAUGAUAAUAAUAAUAAAAGUGAUAUAGAUAAUAAUAAUAAUAAUAAUAAUAAUAAUGAAAUUAAUGUUAUGCACAUAGACCAUUAUAAUAAUAGUUAUAAUAAUAAUGAAGAGGAUCAUGCACAUGUUAAUAAUUCCUCUUAUAAGAAUCAUCAAAAUAUAGAUAAAAUGAUUAAUGCAAAAAAAGAAAGAAGAAAAAAAUUGUUAAACAAAAUUAGAUUGUAUAUUACCAGAUAUAAAAUUUUAAGUAAGACAAAAAUUAAAAAUAAAUUCCCCAGUGUAUCACAAUAUGAAAUAGAUAAAAUAUUAGAAGAAUUACUACAUGACAAUAUUAUCAAAACUAAUGCAAAUAGCCUUUUUAAAUUUGUUGAUAAAAAUGAAUGUAAUCAAGAAGGUCUUAUAAAUAUAAAUACAUAUCACAAAGAAAAAAUCCAUCAUGAGAUAAAUCAAAAUAUGGAAGACCAAAAAUUUAUUAUACCAAAUCAUGACCAUUUGUUAAAUAAUAUACAAGAUAAAAAUUAUUGCAACGUUAUUUAUAAUAAUAAUAUAUCAAAAGGGCAGCAGCAAAAAGAAAAAGAACAUAAAGAAGAAGAAGAAAAAGAAGAACAUAAAGAAGAAGAACAUAAAGAAGAUGAACACAAAGAAGAAGAACAUAAAGAAGAUGAACACAAAGAAGAAGAACAUAAAGAACAAGAACAUAAAGAAGAUGAACACAAAGAAGAAGAACACAAAGAAGAAGAACAUAAAGAACAAGAACACAAAGAAGAAGAACAUAAAGAAGAUGAACAUAAACAUGAACAACAUCAUCAUACACAUCAACAUAAACAACAACUUGUUAAUAAUAAGGAUGACCAAAUUAAUAAUGAUAUCCAAAAAUUAUACAAUGAUGUUCAUAAUAUGUGCAUUAAAACAAAAUAUGUUAAUAAAGAUAUUAUUACUAAAGGACUUGGUAUAUAUCCUUUACUGGCGAAACCAUUACUACAUAGACUUAUUAAAGAAAAUGUAAUUAAAGAAAAAUUUAUAAAAAAUAAAGGAUAUGAAAGUAAUAUAUAUAUACCAAUGCAAAAUACAUUUAACAAAAAGAAUAAUAAAGACGUCCUAAAGUGUGAUAUUAUCUCCACUACAAAUUCGACAAACGACGAAGAGGAUAAUGAAAAAAAAAAUAAAGUAAGUAAAUAA